GUGAACAUUUUUUAAAAAGACAACAUGCUUAAAUCUUUCUCCUUGGUGGCUUCAUUAGCUAUCAUAUCCUCCGUCAAUGCUCUCCCAUUAGGUUUUGGAUUACCAUUUGGUUUCCCACAAAUCCCAAUUAUCUUUGGUGAUAAGGAUUCCUCCUUACCAUCAGAAGAAUUCCACCCCGAAUGGUACAAGGCUCUUCCUGAAGUUGACACCGAGGCUUUACAAGCUCUUGUUACUAAGGAAGCUUUAGAAAAGAGAGCUAUUGCCCUUUACAACAUCUCCGAACGUUCUAUCCCUGAAUAUGGUCAUCCAACAAGAGUCAUCGGCUCCGAAGGUCAUUGGGGAACCAUCAAUUAUAUCACUAGUGAAUUGAGAAAAUUGAAAGGAUAUUUCACUGUUGAAACCCAAAGCUUUACUGCUAUUGACGGGGCUGUGAAUUCUUUCUCCUUGUUGAUUGAUGGUGUCAAGCCAAAGUCCUUAGAAGCACUUUCAUUAACUCCUCCUACCCUUCACCACAGACCAGUUCACGGUAACUUGGUCUUGGUCGAAAACUUUGGUUGUUCCUUGGAAGAUUUCCCUGCCAAUUCCAAGGGAAGCAUCGCCUUGGUCAAGAGAGGUGUUUGUCCAUUUGGUGAUAAAUCUAUUAAUGCUGGUAAGUCUGGAUCCUUAGGUGCCAUCAUUUACGACCCAGAAGGUGGUGCUCUUCAUGGUACUCUUGGAACUCCAACUGGCGAUGAAGUCGCCACUGUCUCUAUUACUUUGGACGACGCAAAGCAAUACAUUGACCAAUUGGUUGCUGACCCAGCCGCUGAAAUUUUAACCACUUUAUAUGUUGACUCCUAUGUGAAGAAUAUCACUACUUUGAACGUUAUUGCUGAAACUGUUUAUGGUGAUCACGACAAUGUCGUUUCCUUAGGUGCACACUCUGACUCUGUUGGUGCUGGUCCAGGUAUUAAUGAUGACGGUUCCGGAACUAUUUCUCUUCUUGAAGUUGCUAAGCAAUUGAGUGGAUUCAAGGUUAAGAAUGCCGUUAGAUUCGCUUGGUGGGCUGCUGAAGAAGAAGGAUUACUUGGUUCUAACUACUAUGCUGAAAGUUUAUCUCCUGAAGAAAACCAAAAGUUAAGAUUCUUCUUAGAUUAUGAUAUGAUGGCUUCUCCAAACUAUGAAUAUGAAGUUUACGACGCUAACAACAAGGACCAUCCAAAUGGAUCUGGUGAUAUUAAGGACUUCUUUGUUGACUGGUACACUACCCAUGGCUACAAUUACACUUUAAUCCCAUUCGAUGGUAGAUCAGAUUAUGUUGGAUUUAUUGAUGCUGGAAUUCCUGCAGGAGGAAUUGCCACUGGUGCUGAAGGUAUUAAGAAUGCUGAGAGUAAGAGUAAGUUCGGUGGUAAGAAGGGCCAUCAAUUUGAUGAUUGUUACCAUUUGGCUUGUGAUGAUUUACUGAACCCAGAUUAUGAUGCAUGGGUUGCCAAUACCAAGUUAAUUGCUCAUUCUGUUGGUUACUUUGCCGAUUCCUUUGAAGGCUUCCCAGAAAGAGAACCAAUUACUGAAUCUACUGCCAAUAAGGUUAGUGAUGAUUUUAAGUUCCGUGGUUCAUCCCUUAUUGUUUAAAACUUAAAACAUAAAUACAAUCAUUUAGAAUUAAUAAAGUAUAG